AUGAUCCAAACGGCGGUGUGGGCACGAGGCCGGGCUGCCCGGCAGGGGAGCGGGGCCCAGAGCCCCCCCACCCCGAGCCGAGCGCCAAGGCCUCCAGUACCCGCCUUGCACCGAGAUGGACGCCCCCCGCCUCGGGCUAAAGGGGGGGACAGCUGGGCGUGCAAGCCCCGGAAGCCGAGUGCAGGCGCGCUCUCAGCUCCCACCACCCGCGAGAACCAACUCGGGGGUCGGGGCACAAGCACAAGAACUGAACCCGCCAGGCUCGUGGGGAAGACACACGGGGAGGCGUCAGGCCCUGCAGCCCCGGGGUUUGCGGGGGCACCGGAGACACCCGCGGCGAAAGAGGAGGCGGUCGGACUUGACUGGGUGACACGGCCCCCGCCAGGGCGGUGGGACCGCAGGGAGCAGAGCAGCGCGCUCGGCUUGAAACCUCGGCGAGCACAGGACACGGGAGCCCCGGGCCCGGAGGGGGACAGACGUCCCGCGGGGCCUGGGCUCCACCGUUCUCGGCAGCGCCCCUCGCCACAGCCGGGACGCAGCCCCCGGGCGCCCGCGGACGGGCGGAACCCGUGUCAAGACCAGUGGUUCCCGGGGCCGGGCAGGGGUGAUGAGAACGUUCUGGAGCUGCGGGAGGUCGCGGGCGCAGACCCGGGCAGCACCCAGAGCAGGCACCCAGUGCGGGUGGACAGGCGGGCGGCCGCGGCGCGGGAUCUGGACGUCGAGGGCAUCGCUCGCUGCCCACCCCGGGCAGGGACCCAGCCAGGGAGCCCUCCACGCGGCCCCGCGGCCUGCUGGGCCCGCCGUCCUGUGAGGACCCCUGGACCCACGGCCCGCUGGGUGGCAGGUGCUGGCGGGCGAAGCCCCGCGCGGAGGUGCAGGGCGGGGGCGCGGGGGGCGGGCGGCGGUCCCUGCGGGGAGGCGGCGCCCCGACGCCAGGCUGUCCUGCAGCGCCACCGCGUGGCCGCCCGGGGCUCGCCGCUGCAAGCGCGGCGCCGCCCACCCUCCAGCAAGGACAUGGCCCCUCCCAGGCCUCCCGCCACAGCCUCCCGCCUGCAGCCUCCCCGCCGCAGCCAACCCCCUGCAGUCCAGACCUCUCAGGGCCGCUUCCCUUCCCCGGUCCCCCCAAGGAUGCCUGCCCCGGGGCCCCCACAGGCCCACCCCCAGGCCCGCUCCAGCGUCCACGGGACCCCUGACCGGGACCCCUGGCAACGCCUCACACGCCCUAGGGCCCCGUCGGCGCUGCGCCUGUACCGCUCCCACCACCCCGGCUCAGCGCCCGCAGGACCCACGGCCCACACACAGGUGCGGGGACCACGGGCCUCGGGCGGGACGGUGGUGAGCACGUGCGUGGAGCGCCCGCCCCGCGGCCCCGCCCUCCCGCCGCGGACUGGCCCGCUGCGCGCACCGCAGCCAGGCUCAGCCAAUCAGCCUCCAGCCCCGCCCGCGGCCACAGCUGAUUGGCCCCUGGAGGGCGGCCAAUCCGAGCGCGGCUGGAGGAUGUGCAGCAGCCCCGGCAACCACAUGGCCUGCGAGGGGCUGGGCAGCCGAGUUGUGCUCGCCAACGUGGCCAAGCGCGUCUGUGACUGCCGGCCGAGGUGCUCCCGAGGCCGGGUUCUGGGAGCCCGAGCGGCAGCUGCACAGCAGCGUGGGGGCCGGCGCCCACUGGACUACGGCCCACGGCGGGUGUCCGCCGCCCGGCCAGCUCAGAGCCUGGAGACGGCUGAGGAUGGAGACGGAGAGGAAGGACUGUGCCCCCCACCCCCGUCCCUGUCCCUGCCCCCCCAGUCCCCAGCCGCCAGCCCGGGGGCCCUCCUGCCUGUCGGGGACAGCCCCUCACCAUCCGUGGAGGACGUGAUGGCUGGUCGGGCCCCUAGACCCGAGCAAGCUGCACAGUGUGGGAACGCUGGCCCCGGCCGUGGACAGAAUCAUCCAGCUCCGCCCGACGUCCCCAACAGAGUCCUACGUCUCCCCUGGCCCAGUCAGGUCCAGGGCGGCCGGGAGCGAGGGCAGGACGGGCCCUCAGAUCGCCCGCCGCCCCAUCGCGUCACUUCACCCUUGCGCUGGUGGCUCCGACCGUGA